CAAUGGGGCUGGUUUGAAAUGGGACCCGGUUUGUUUAAAUGUCAAAUAACCUCAUAGGGUGAAGGAGCUAAAAAAGUUAUGAGAAAUGUUCUGAGUGGAAUCCAUAACAUUAUUGGUCUAAGGGAUGAUGUUUAAAUUACUUUGUGCACACAGAGAUACUUGUUUACCUUGGAAUUAUUUGUAAAAUGCAGUGUCUUAAGAACUUUAGAGAUUCAAGAAUGAUUUUCCCGUUUGUUCCCCAUAUCAUGUCUACACAGUCAUGGGGGAACCUUGAUCCAACAACGAUACCCAACAACAAUAACAACGGUGUGCCAAAAUCUGAUUCUGAAUACCUCCAACAGAAGUCCUGGGGAAGCAUGGACGGCCCUCCUCAACCUCAAAAUAACGGACCCCAAGUUCCACCUCCACCGACUAAAACGGAAAAUGAUGAUGAUUUGAAUGAUGAUGAACUCGGUAAUGACGCAGAGGGCGUUUGGAGUCCUGAUAUUGAACAGAGUUUUCAAGAAGCUCUGGCAAUUUAUCCACCUUGUGGACGAAGAAAGAUUAUCUUGUCUGAUGAAGGAAAAAUGUAUGGGCGAAACGAGCUUAUUGCUCGGUACAUGAAGUUACGAACAGGUAAAACCCGGACACGGAAACAAGUGUCCAGUCACAUUCAGGUGCUCGCGCGGAGAAAAGCUAAGGAAGUCCAACCCUCAAUGAAACAGGACAAUUUCUCGAGCUUUCAGGACCAGGCUGUGAAAGACAAGGCGUUACAAAGCAUGGCGGCCAUGUCAUCGGCACAGAUUGUGUCCGCCAGCGCUAUACAUAGUAAAGCUGUUGGAUUACCGGGUCUUCCCCCGGGGUUUUCUCCGUCCUCUGUACGCCCCGGGUACCCAGGGGCGCCGGGAAAUUUCUGGCAACAUCCUAGUGGUCCUGGAGACGUUAAGCCACCAUAUGGAGCCCCAGGUUAUGGUCUCGACACAAAACCCCCGCCAUCCAUGAGUGGAGAAAUGGCCCCUUCAUGGCAGGGUCGCAGCAUUGCAGGCCCGAAGCUACGCUUGGUUGAGUUUUCUGCAUACAUUGACCAGCAACGAGAUGGGGAUCAGUUUCACAAGCAUGUGUUUGUCCAUAUUGGCUCCAAUACCACCUAUUCAGAUCCCCUGCUGGAGGCAGUGGACAUCCGACAAAUUUAUGACAAGUUCCCAGAAAAGAAAGGCGGGUUGAAAGAACUGUAUGACAAAGGCCCACAGACUGCAUUCUUUCUCGUUAAAUUUUGGGCGGAUAUAAAUACGAAUGUUCAGGAUGAGCAAGGGGCAUUCUAUGGAGUAAAUAGUCAGUACGAGUCCAGCGAAAAUAUCACAAUUACUUGCUCGACGAAAGUGUGUUCAUUUGGAAAACAAGUGGUUGAAAAAGUAGAGACGGAAUACCCCCGGUUCGAGAAUGGGCGAUUUGUGUACCGAAUCCACCGAUCACCUAUGUGUGAAUACAUGAUCAACUUUAUACAUAAACUAAAACACCUGCCAGAAAAAUACAUGAUGAAUAGUGUGCUAGAAAACUUCACAAUUUUACAGGUUGUAAGUAUCCGUGAGACGCAGGAGACUUUGCUGUGUAUAGCGUAUGUGUUUGAAGUAUCGACGAGCGAGCAUGGCGCACAGCACCAUAUUUACAAACUGGUAAAAGAUUGAAACCCCACCCACCAAUAAUAUGGGCUGAAACAAAGUUAUGUGAAAAAAAUGUGCGUACUAUUUCAGACGUCAUUGUAUCACACAUAUUGACAUUACCCCCUACAUUUUUGGAGUGAAAUCAUUUCUUAACAUGCUUGAUGAGGCAUCGUUAUAGACUGUACGAAUUGAUUUCAUGAAAAAAAUUAUAUGAAGUUAAUUCUGUAUGCAAAUAUAUGGGAGUGUCGGACAGGCUUCGAAAGCAAAAGUGUUCAAAAAGGUUGUGCUGAAGAAGAAGGCUCAGAUAUGUGAAUAAAACAGAAUGUUUGCUCCCGAAGACAAAAUUUGGUGCAUAAUUUCUUCAAAGUAUUCAACCUGCUGAUCGCCUGUGCUACAUUUGUUAUUCAAACCACUGAUUAUAAAAGCUAUGCAGAGAGUGAAUGUUUGAUGAAUCGACGAGCGUGAAAAAGAGGGCCCGGGGUACUUAUUAAACAGAUGUGAAUUAUGCAGAUUAAUUAUUAGUAUAUUACUACAGAAGUGUAAUUAUAGGAUUGCAAACCAUUUGUGCAUUUACCGGUGUUCAAAACGAUAUGGUAGGCCUCAGUUUAACCAGAAUAGCUACUGUAGUGGUUAAUACUAAGUGUUUCAUGUUAAUUAUGUUUUUCAAUAAUACCAGCAAUAAUGUUUUGUAGAUUUCUAUAAAUUUAAAUAAAAUGGUUUCUGUAAAUUUGAAAUAAAUCUAUUGUAACAUGUACGUAGGUCGCGUCAACAAUUUCGGCCCUAGGUUCAAGCUUUCCAACUUUCCUUCGUGUCCUAUCUUUUCCUACUAUUGUAAAAGUCCUCUUACCUUUUCCUACUUUUUGUCAAAACCUAUUUUUCUAACUGUUACGAUAAAAAAGCUGAUCCAUAUACCAGAAAUAUUUUUAUUUGUUCAAGUUGAUCUAAUUAUCUUGGUUCACAAUGCUAUGUUUCAGAUGAUUUAAACAAUAUCGAUCUGCUGUUUAGCCUGAUUGCAGGAAAAUAUUCAACUCCUUUAAACCAUGAUACAGAGCUUGUUUUUAUCAAAGUUAUACUCGCAUUGAAAAUUUGUAUGCAAUGGUUUCCUUAGUUUCCGCCUUUUGUCGUAAAAAAAUAUUAUUUCUACUACUGUUUUGUCAAAAAAAUCUCUACUUUUUCUUACUGGAAAGCCUGAAAAUUGAAAAGCUUUAAUUUGGAAAAAAGAAUCAGUGUUUUACUUUUAAUGUUACUUUAUGAUGAUGCAUGUAUGUUAAUAAAUCAUUUCGCCAAAAGAAAAUCACUGGGCUUAAACUACAUGAUGCGACGCGUAUAUCGUUCACUCGUUUUUUCAAGAAAUAAGUGUUUGUUUUGUUUAAAAUAAAUCACCAGUUUUUUAAUCACCAGUCAUAUACAUAGUAUAAAUGAUACAGAUUUUGUAGUUACAAAGCCAUAUAUAUAUAUAUUUUGUAAUACAUACUAAUAUUUAGUCAGUCACAGAUGAUGGAAGGUAUUUUUGUACUAAUUGAUCUCAGUAGCGUAUGGUUCACUAUGCAUGAAUGAGUGUUAAAGUGUCGUUUUGUCCGAUGUGGCAUUUUAUAUAGUUUGUCACUUUUUCUGUUGCAUGUAUUCAACUGUCACAGUGUUUUAAUGAAUAACAAAUCGGUCUUAAAUGAAUGUCUAUGUUUUUAUUUCCUACUCGUGAUUUAUAAUAAUUUGAGUGAAUUUAAAAUGAAUUUAGGUACUUGAAAAAGUAUUUGCUGUUAAUGAUACUAGAUUUUAAGAUUUUUUUUGAAACUUUUAAAUAUUAGUACUUAUAUAUAGGAAGACACAAAUCAUAUGCAAAAGCGGGAACAAAAAAUUAUAUUUAAAAAGUAUAGAUAUCCAAAGUACCAGAAUAUUUAACAGCUGUUAUAAAGUUAUAUAAACUGUGCUAAGUCAAACUGAUUAUUGAACUUUUAAAAUGGUUUUAUAAAAGUAAUGGCAAUGUUUGUUUACUGAAAUUCUGCCUGCCUUGAAUAGCAUCUGAAUAAAGCUUCUUUGAUUGUUGAUUUUAAUAUGUUUUGCUUUGCAAUAAGCCUAAAUGGACAUUCAUGUGGUCGAACUCUCUUAUAAUUAGUGAAAAGGUUACAAUAGGGUUUUGUGAAUUCAUUGGAACUGAUGAAUUGCCAUUGAAGACAGGACUUUUAGUAGAUACUUCACUGUUGAGAUUUAUGUAAUAAAAGUUCUUAUACUUGAUGGCAGAGUCAUGUUCUAUUAGCUCUGAAAAAUGGUUAUUUGGGAAACAUAAAAUUAUUAAAAAAAAAUAUAAAACCAAAAUCACACUUUGAUGGCUAGGGUUAUCUAAAUGAUUGGCAUUACUAGUUUUUCAGAAGCAAGCCCAUUGAUUUUUUGUUCAAAGUGUAGAUCGAAUAUAAAGUGUCUUCCCUCUUAUUUACAAAUAAUAAAUGCAUACUGCUUUCCUCAUUUUGAUGUAGUCUUAAUCAUUUCUAUGUACAAACAUGUGGAAGUUUGUUAUGCAACAUCUGUAUUCAUACAUGAUAAGACUCCAACAAAAAAUCAAAACAUUCUGGACUUUUUCAGUGUGGAAUAUUAAAACAAUUUAUAUAUAAAUAUAUAUGCUUAUUUUAAAUGUUUAAAGUUGCCAACUUAUUACAUAUUCUGGUGUGCAAAAUUACAAAUAAGGCCAUGCCAUGUUCAUUUUUAUCUUUUGUGUCAGUUUUUGUCCUUAAAUUAUAGCACUUUUUCUGACAAAACUCUAAAUUAUCAAAUUUAUAAAAUGUGUCAAGAAUAGCAGUGUUUACAGUUAAAAGUUAAAAUAUUUUUGUUUGUAUAUGACUUAAUCAUUAAAUUUUUAUGGUAAAAUCCACUUAGCCCUUGGUGUCAAAGAAACUUUAGGCUGUGGUUUACAAAAAGAAGCUGACACUAAACUGAAUUGAAUAGGUAUGGCCUUUUCCCUAGUCAAUAUGGUUUAAAAGAUGAUGAAUAAGUGAAAUGUACUUAAGCUUUACCUUUGGUAAUUAGAAGUAAGUUCAAAUAGUUUUAAAUGCAAUGGUUACUUCAGUUUACAAAAUUAAUGGUAAAAUUCACUUUGGAAUCAUUCAUAUGCGUAUGCUCUCUUACUGUUUUAAGAUUGAAUAGAUUUUAUUGGCUGUGAACUUGAAAUUUGAAAGAAAUCCUCAAUAUUUUUUCAGAGGAACAUUUCACGAAUUUUGUUUAUACUAAAAUAAUUUUGAGGUACUUUCUGUGAAGUAAUAAGUGACUUAGUUUUACUUUAUAAUGAGGCUUCUUUCAAUGAAAAAUUUAGUGACUCUUUAAUACUUUUCAUGGAUAACUUAGUGACUACUUUUAAUGCUAACAUGUUAUUUCAAUGACAAAUUAAGUGACUUGUAUGGAUUUUUUUUAUUGAUUUAUUUUAUGAUAUAAAGAGUGACACAGUUUCUUUCCAUUGAAAAAUUAGUUACUUUCAUUAACAAAAUAUUUAUUUUUUAAGGAAAUUUAGUGACUUUCGUUUGAUGGUUUGAGGUAUAAUUUACUAGUGGAAAAUUUAGUAACUUUCUCAUUGAAAUGAAUGUUGUCUAGAGUGACUUUUUUCUCCAGUUUGGGAUUGAUUAUCCUUACUGUGUAAAUAGUGUAAUAUACGAAAUGAAAGUGCUAUGUUGCUGUGUUUUAAAGCAUGCUGCCCCAAAGUUUUUAUCCCACCUAGGUUUACAUUUUGUUGUCAGUUUCUAUUCGUUUUAUACAUUAUAAUGCAUGCAUUACUAAAUUAUGCAGAACUGAAUUUAUGGUACCAUUAGGAAAAAGCUUAUUCAGACAACUGUAUUUCAAUUGGUGAAUUCUCAAUUCUCUGACUGAAUAGCUGUUUUUGUCCCAAAUUCAAAAUUAUGCAAUAUUUUUCUCGUGAUUGUUUGAUUUAUAAAUUCAAAGCAAUAUUAAUGAAUUUGACUUGGAAUAAAGUUCAAAGAGUACACAACCUACUUAUAAUGUCUUUAUAAUGAUGUUAUACAUAAAAAAGUGAUAAAAAAAUUGUGAAUAGUUUUAAAGUUAGGAGUUUUUACAAAUCAUAUCCUUCCUUGUGCCUUUACUUAAAUACAAUUAUAUACUUUGCUUUGUGUAGAAAUCUACAUACUUUAAUUGUACUUACAUGUACAAAUAAUAAUCAUUAUACUGGUUGUGAAAUCCUUUUUAUUAUACGCUAGUAAUACUGUUAUAAAAUUCGUCCCUAUAAAAGCUUGUUGUAUUCAGGAAAUUUAUGAACUUUUAUUAAAUUGCCAAUUAUUCGUUGUAAAGGUAUAUGCUGCUACUACUUAUGAUAUAUAACUAUGGGCCGAUUGUUCAGAACUUUGUUAAAGUUAACAACCUUGUUAACAUCAUCGUUGUUAACUUUUAAAUGUGACAUAUUUUAUGAUGUGCUGAUGUAAUUAAAGUGACACACUUAUUCAAAAUCAAUAAAUACACAUGUUUAACAAACAUCAAUUUUGGCUGUUAAAUCUUUAACUUCCUACUGAAUUAGGCGUUCAUGGACAAUUUUAAUUACUGAUUACAAGAUUGUUACCAUGUAUCUAAUAGCAGAAAGAGCAAAAACUAUUAAAUGAUUGGUGAAUGCUUAAAGAUUUUCCGUGGUCUUCUACCCUCUCAUAAGGUAGAAAUACCGUGUUUUAUUCACCUUUCUUUCUACUAAAACUCUGUAUCCUUCAUAAGAACCAUUGUUUUUGACAUUUAUUUAUCCUUUUGGAAUAUAAUUACAAUAUUAUUAAAUGUGGUAUAUUUUAUUUGGGAAUAAGAGUGCACCUUUAAAGGAAGCCAUUAUAGCUGAAUCACAUGUCAAAGUAUUUGUGAAAAGUACCGCAGCUCACUUCUGUGUCCAAAACACUUUCAGGGUAUUAAAGAUUUGAAAGUUAACAAUGAUUCAGUUCACAACGUUGUUAACAUGAACAAUGUUUUAAACAUUCGGCCAAAUGAGUAACUAUUUUUUCCCCAAAUCAUUUGCACAACUUGCCUUAUGUAUAUUUUAUGUAUAUGGUUUUCGAUAUAUUCUACAUUUGGUGAGACAACGAAGUGUUUUUGUGCGAAUAUAAUGAAUGAAUACAAAAUUGUAUGUGUAGCAUUAUAUAUAUAAAAUGAAUGUAUUUUACCUUGACACAUGAAAAAUAGAUCAUUAGCAAAAUACCUACUCUAAUAUUUCCUAAAUGUUAGAAUGAUGGAAAUGUUUCAUAGAAAAAAAAUAAUUUCAUUAUGCAAAAUUAUACUAUUGUUGUAUUCAUAAUUAAACAUUUUGUUUUGUAACUAUUACAGGUUAGUUUGUUAAAUAUACAUGUAUACAAAACAUAUUCAGUUUUGAAUUGGAUGAUUAGAUUUAAAGCCUUUAAAACAAAGUUGUGCCUUUGAAAUUCCAUCCAAGUUAUGCUUUGUUGCAAAACUGCACCAUCUUAAAGUUUGUUUUUGUAAGAUGGUAGCUCUGUUUUGUACAAAUCUAAUUAAUAUACAUGCAUUUAAUGUCCAAGGGGUUAAGAGGUUACGUUUUUAGAUGAUUGUUUUUAUCACAAUGUUGACCAUUGAAUUGCCAUAUUCAUUUGAUGCAAAGUAUUUUAAGCUUGUCUGUUUUUUUCUGAGGAAAUGAUUGAGGUAUUGUCAAAGCCUUUGUGUUGGCGUUGUAAUUGUGCAAAAACAAUAUCAUUGGCCAGCACUCACGAGCCGGUCACAAUAUUUAUAUUGGUUCACAUGUUUCCAGAUAGUAUGCACAUGUUUAGCAAAGUUUAUAACUCUGGCAUUGAGUUAUGUCCCUUUUACACGAGUAAAAUAACAGACGAGGGUUGGCGUUCGCUGAUGUGUUCUUGUUUUAGUAUGAUAUAUGGUAUGUUACUGUGUGCUAUGUUGGUUGUUUAAUAAAGCUUUAUGAUCUGUGUUUCA